AUCACUUGUUCUUUUUUUAAAUCCACCCCAGCUGACCCACACAAACUUGUCUUGUGUACCUCCAUCCACAACCCCGAAGUUUGAGUCACGUGGACGCCUCCUAGCACCCCCUCAUGUCAGUUUACACCCCCAAUUCGGCCGCCGUGGCUCAACAACAAGCCCAGGCCCAAGCCCAAGCAGUUGCUCAACAACAAGCUCAACAACAGGCCCAACAGGCCCAACAGGCUCAACAGGCCCAGGUGCAACAGAGACAGCACCAACAGCGAUUGGGCGAAUUGCUCGACGCGGUAAAACAAGAGUUUGAAUUUGCCCUCAAUGAAGCAUCUAACUUCAAGCAAGUAAAAGAAGACUACGAUCUUAAAUGCAACCAGCAAAUGGCUGAAAUGCAACAAAUCCGCCAGACGGUGUACGAGUUGGAAAUGGCCAACAGGAAAAUCAAGGAGGCCUACGAAGAAGAGAUUUUAAGGUUGAAAACCGAGUUGGAGAAUAGAGAUCGGGCAAAUGGCCUGAGAUACUACCCAGCCGUGCCGCCCGCUCUUGCCGACCCCAAGCUUGCAGUCAAACCAGAGCUUGUGCCCAAGCUUAAAGAAGAAUCAGCUCCUGAGUCUUCGUCCGCAUUGACGGUGGUGGACUCUUCGCAAUAUGUGGUCAAUCCCGCUCAAAAGGCGCUACACGUGAAGGAGAUUCCUCCAUUUUUGGCGGAUCUUGACGUUUCCAAGGCCAACUCUGAAUUCAAAAAACAAUUGCAAGACUAUUAUGUAUUAUACAACCCAGCGUUUAAGAAAGAUUUCGAUGUGGAGUUGAUCCACUCAUUGAAUCAUUCAUCAGUUGUGUGUUGUGUGCGUUUCAGUAAAAACGGAGAAUUCAUCGCUACUGGUUGUAACAAGACCACCCAAGUGUUCAACGUUGAAACCGGUGAAUUGGUUGCGAAAUUGGUGGAUGAUAACUCUUCCAAUGGGGUUAAUGAUGAUGCCAAUAAGGCUGCUCUGGCCAAGGAUUCUCAACCAGCUUCAAGUGCCAAUGGUGAUUUAUAUAUCCGGUCUGUGUGUUUUUCGCCUGAUGGAAAGUUUUUGGCCACUGGUGCUGAAGAUAAGUUGAUCAGAAUCUGGGAUUUGACCACCAAAAGAAUCAUUAAGAUUUUGAGGGGUCACGAACAAGACAUCUAUUCAUUGGACUUUUUCCCCGAUGGCAACAGGCUCGUUUCUGGUUCUGGUGACAGAACCGUAAGAAUCUGGGAUUUGCGUUCUUCACAAUGUUCCUUAACUUUACUGAUUGAAGAUGGGGUGACUACUGUGGCCGUUUCCCCUGAUGGACAAUUGAUUGCUGCUGGUUCGUUAGACAGAACCGUGCGAGUAUGGGAUUCCACUACAGGAUUUUUGGUUGAACGUUUGGAUAGUGGAAACGAACAAGGUAACGGACACGAAGAUUCGGUUUAUUCGGUGGCAUUUUCAACAAACGGUAAGCAAAUUGCGUCUGGAUCUUUGGAUAGAACCGUAAAGUUGUGGAAUUUACAAGGUAAAAAUGAAAACAAUUCAUCAGUUGGCAAAAAGUCAUCUUGCGACGUUACGUACAUUGGUCACAAGGAUUUUGUAUUAUCAGUUUGCUCGACUCCAAACAACGAGUAUAUUUUAUCUGGCUCAAAAGAUAGAGGAGUUAUCUUCUGGGACCGGUUAUCAGGUAACCCAUUGUUGAUGUUACAAGGACACAGAAACUCUGUUAUUUCGGUUGCUGUGUCGUUGAACUCCAAGGGAUCUGAAGGUAUUUUUGCAACCGGAUCUGGUGAUUGUAAGGCCAGAUUAUGGAAGUGGACGAAGAAGUAAAUAAGUAAAAGACCAUGAAAAGUUAAUGGUUUGAAUUCCUUCCUCUUCUGCUGAUCUUUUUUUCUUUUGAAAAGAUUACUAGAAAUUAUGUAUUAAUAAAACUGUGAAGAAGUAACCCCCAUCU